AUGGACAUGUCAAUGAGCACAACCACCUCCACCGCAGCAACAGUCUCUUCCACCGCCAGCAUGGGAGACAUGGACAUGGGAAUGGGAAUGGGCGGCGCCCACGCCUGCAAGAUCUCAAUGCUCUGGAACUGGAACACAAUCGACACAUGCUUCAUCGCACGCUCAUGGCACAUAACCUCGCAGGGCAUGUUCGCUGGCUGCUGCAUUGGCGUGAUUCUGCUCGUCAUUGCGCUGGAGUUCCUCCGCCGUCUGGGAAAAGAGUAUGAUAGAUUCCUGCUCCGACAGCAUAAAGCGAAGAUGGCAGCCGUGGAGACAGGACAGAAUUCCUCGGCGAAGAUUCCGUCGUUUGGGUUCCGGCCUUCUUUUUUGCAGCAGAUGGUUCGGGCUUUGAUUCAUAUGGUUCAGUUUGCCGUGGCGUAUUUUGUCAUGCUGUGA